GUACUGACUUUGGCAACCAGAGCAGAGAUCUCCAGCAUUGAGAUAAGAGUGAGAGUGAGGAAGGAGAACGGCAAAGGACGAUAGACGACUGGCAAGGAUUUGCGACACAUCGGAUCAUCAGUGAUAAACCCAGAGCAAGAAGACUCGUAAGUAGCCUAAAGAUCGGAAAAUUAUCCACUCAACUUUUGAAAACUGACCGAGAAAAAUGUAUUAAAGCCAUGCCAACCUACCACUACACCGGCAGUACAAAGUGGUCGCUCGUGGAUCAGUGACUUAUGAACGACCUACAUAAAUGGGAAUCCAGAUUACUGCAUCUUGAGUGAGUAGUUUUGUCCAGGAUUUCAGGAGCAGCAGUUCUCUGUCCGUCCUUCAUUUCUUCAGGAUGACAGAGACUGAAGGGAAGUUUGACUUUGCCAUCGACCGCGGUGGCACUUUCACCGACGUCUUUGCCCGAUUACCUGACGGCCGGGAGAGGGUCCUGAAACUGCUGUCCCACGACCCCCAGAACUACAAAGACGCUCCAACUGAGGGGAUCCGCAGGGUUCUGGAGGAGGAGACUGGGCAGGCCUUUCCCAGGGAACAGCCUGUGGAGACAUCCCUGAUUGGCUGGAUCAGGAUGGGCACCACAGUGGCGACCAAUGCCCUGCUGGAGAGGCAAGGAGAGCGGAUUGCCCUCCUGGUCACAAAGGGGUUCAAGGAUCUGCUGCAUAUUGGCACCCAGGCCCGGCCAAAGCUCUUCGAUUUGGAGGUGGCUGUUCCAGAUGUGCUGUAUGAAGAGGUCAUUGAGGUUGAUGAGAGGGUUGUCCUUAGACAAGAUGGCUGCCAGCUACCCAGGAAAGAACCCAAGCGUAUUGUCACAGGCAGUACAGGGGACUCCCUGGAGGUGUGGCGUGAGCUGGACAUGCAGCGUGUGGAGGACGAUCUGAGAGGAGUCCUGUCCCGGGGGAUCCACAGCCUGGCUGUUCUGCUGCUACACUCCUACACGUGGUCUGCCCAUGAGAAGGCUGUUGGGUCAUUGGCGCGCAGGCUGGGUUUCACCCAGGUGUCCCUGUCCAGUGAGGUCAUGCCCAUGGUGAGGGCAGUGCCACGCGGGUACACCGUAUGCGCCGAUGCCUACCUCACACCGAAAAUCCGCCAGUACUUGAAAGGCUUCACCUCUGGCUUCAGAGGUGGACUGGAGGGUAGGAGCGUUCUCUUCAUGCAGUCUGAUGGAGGUCUCACCCCCAUGGACCAGUUCUGUGGGUCCCGGGCAGUGCUCUCUGGGCCCGCGGGGGGUGUGGUGGGCUACGCCAUCACCUCCUACAGCCAGAUAGAGAACAAGCCCGUCAUUGGGUUCGACAUGGGGGGCACGUCUACAGAUGUGAGUCGCUACGCGGGUCACUAUGAGCACGUGUUUGAGGCCACCACGGCCGGCGUCACCCUGCAGGCCCCACAGCUAGACAUCAACACCGUAGCAGCAGGCGGUGGCUCCCGCCUCUUCUUCAGGUCAGGGAUGUUUGUUGUGGGGCCAGAGUCGGCUGGUGCCCAUCCAGGACCCUCCUGCUACAGAAAGGGUGGUCCUCUGACGGUGACGGAUGCCAACCUGGCUCUGGGCCGCCUGCUCCCCUCCUUCUUCCCCAGGAUCUUUGGUCCGGGAGAGGACGAGCCUCUGUCCAGCGAGGAAACCAUGGAGCACUUCCAACAGCUCACCCGCGAGAUCAACCACUUCCUCUCCACCAACCAAUCCCAGAGCAGUGCCAACGGAAGCGCCCAUUCAAACAACAGCAGGGUCAUGAGUGGCAAAUCAGAGAUGAGCAUGGAGGAGGUUGCUAUGGGUUUUAUCAGAGUGGCCAACGAGGCCAUGUGUCGUCCAAUCAGAGCACUGACACAGGCUAAGGGACAUGACACCUCUCAGCAUGUGUUGGCAUGUUUCGGUGGAGCAGGUGGGCAACACGCUUGUGCCAUCGCACAAGCUUUAGGUAUGAAGACCGUCUUCAUUCACAAGUACAGUGGUGUGUUGUCGGCCUACGGCCUGGCGCUGGCUGACGUGGUGGAGGAGGUCCAAGAGCCGUGCUCUCUGCAGUACAACCCUCGCUCCUUCUCUGAGCUGGACCACAGGGUGGAGCAGCUGACCCAGCGCUGUACAGAGACCCUGAGAGACCGCGGCUUCAGCAGCUCUCAGAUAACCACUGAGGUUUUCCUCCACCUGCGUUACGAGAAAACAGACUGUGCUCUCAUGGUGACAGCCACAGGUUACCCCGGCAACUCUCGGUCUUGUAAGUCAGGGGACUUCCGUAGUGCCUUCACUAAGCGCUACCUGCAGGAGUUUGGCUUCACCAUCCCAGACCGGCCAAUCAUGGUAGAUGACAUCAGAGUCAGGGGCUCUGGGAAGUCCGGAAUCAAAUCUGUGACCAACACCAAGAUGGGAUCUGGAAUUCUCAAAGCCACUACGAUAACCAAGUGUUACUUUGAGGACGGUUACCUGGAUACCAAUGUUUACCUGUGGGAGGAGUUGCCAUGUGACCACAAUAUCCCCGGUCCAGCCAUCAUCAUAGACAAGAACAGCACCAUCCUGGUGGAGCCCAGCUGUGUGGCCCAUCUGACAGAAGGGGGUGAUGUGUGCAUCGCCGUGGGCUCCGACCCCCACUGCCUCUUGGGAACUGAACUCAACACUGUGCAGCUCUCCAUCUUCUCCCAUCGCUUCAUGAGCAUCGCAGAACAGAUGGGCAGAGUGCUCCAGAGAACCUCCAUCUCCACCAACAUCAAGGAGCGUCUGGACUUCUCCUGCGCUUUGUUUGGUCCUGACGGAGGCCUGGUGUCCAACGCACCACACAUCCCUGUUCACCUGGGAGCCAUGCAGGAGACAGUCCAAUACCAGAUCAAAUCCAUAGGGAGCACCAUUAAAGAGGGUGAUGUGAUUCUGAGUAACCAUCCAUGUGCAGGAGGCAGUCACCUCCCUGACCUCACUGUCAUCACUCCGGUGUUCAGGAGAGGCGUGAGUGGGCCAGUGUUCUUUGUGGCCAGUAGGGGGCACCAUGCAGACAUCGGGGGAAUUACCCCGGGCUCCAUGCCCCCCCACUCCACCUCCCUGCAGCAGGAGGGUGCUGUCUUCACCUCCUUCAAACUGGUCACUGCUGGAGUAUUCCAGGAGGAGGCUGUAACUGAAGCCCUCAUGGCUCCGGCUCAGUACCCAGACUGCUCUGGGACUCGCAAUCUCCAUGACAACCUAUCAGACCUGCGAGCUCAGGUGGCAGCCAAUCAGCGAGGGAGCACGCUGGUGGGGGAGUUGAUUGACAGCUAUGGGCUGGCUGUGGUGCAGGCCUACAUGGGGUACAUCCAGACUAAUGCAGAGCUGGCGGUGAGAGACAUGUUGAAAGAGUUUGCCCGUUGCCGGCGGCAACAGACAGGCUCCCUGGAGGUGGAGGCAGAGGACUUCAUGGACGAUGGAACACCAAUCAGAUUGCGGGUCCAGAUUAAUAAGAACGAGGGCAGUGCAGUGUUUGACUUCACAGGGACGGGGACAGAGGUGUGGGGGAACUGCAACGCCCCUCGUGCCAUCACCUUCUCUGCCCUCAUCUACUGCCUGCGCUGCAUGGUGGGCCAAGACAUCCCCCUCAACCAGGGCUGUCUCACUCCAAUCAAGGUCAUCAUUCCCAGCGGCUCCAUUCUCCAGCCUUCCCAGAAUGCCGCUGUGGUGGGGGGGAAUGUGCUGACGUCACAGCGGGUGGUUGAUGUCAUCUUCCGCGCCUUCGAGGUCUGCGCUGCCUCACAGGGCUGCAUGAACAAUGUGACUUUCGGCAACGAGGGGAGCGGUUACUACGAGACGGUUGCCGGGGGAGCAGGGGCGGGUCCAGGCUGGACUGGGCGGAGCGGUGUCCACAGUCACAUGACUAACACACGCAUCACCGACCCAGAGAUUCUGGAGAAAAGGUACCCUGUGGUUCUGGAGCACUUCUCCCUGCGGCCCGGCUCGGGGGGUGCAGGGGAGUACCGUGGGGGCGAUGGGGUGAUCCGGAAGCUCCUGUUCAGGAAUAAGGUGGUCCUGUCAGUUCUGACAGAGAGGCGCUCCACCCGACCCUAUGGUCUCCAUGGGGGUGGCUGUGGGGCAUCAGGCUUGAACCAGCUCCACAGAGCAGAUGGAAGGGUUCUCAACCUGGGGGCCAAGACCACUGUGAGCCUGGAGCCUGGGGAUAUGUUUUGCCUGUACACACCUGGCGGAGGUGGAUAUGGUGAGGACAAGCAAACAGCUGGGGAUGGAAGACUCCUUAAAAAGCGCAGGCGCUUGAAUGACAACUUCUCUGAGAGGGGCAGUGUGUUUGAGUAUCGCAUGGCACAGGAGGGUGUGUGAGCGACAGGCUAGGGCUGUAGGGGAAAGAGACCUAGAAACACAGUUCCACUAAGAAGAGUGCGAGGUGUGCUGGAGAGAGCAUUUAAAAUGCAUUCAUGUCCUGGUUUUUUUUAGGCCUUGAACAAUGCUUUUUUUCCAUGUCUAUAGUCAACAACCCAUUCCACUAGUCAAACCACAGUGUUUAAAAGGAUGCUAGUGGUAUGUCCUUUAUAGUACUUUUGAGUUUGCACAGAGACAAACAUGGAAAUUGUUUCACUGGAAGGGGAGUUAAUGAAACAAGUUUAAUCUUCUGAAGACAGACCUUUAGGCCUAGAUUCAGUCAGGUCAAGGGUUAACCUGACCUGUGUCAACAGUAGCGUUUGUUGUAUUUUCCUUCAAGCUUAGGCAACAGUGUAUUAAAGCAAUCUCUAGACAUCUAGUCUGCUGCCUCUCACCACAACUGAUUAGAAACAGGAUGUAAAAGCAACACUAGAUUAUACAGUUGUAUGGCUUCAAGGGUGCUAACUAACUAGACUUAACUCUUCAAAUCUGUUGAGGUGUAACGAAGACUAGCCGACCUUUGGAUCAGAUGUAUACAGUAAAUCACGGCAUUGGAUUUGUUCUGUGUGGAACUUUGACUUUCAUUAUUAUACAACUAGUUUGGAGAUGUAUCACAACUGCAUGUAUCCCAAUUGAAUACAUUUGAAAGCUU